CCACCAUCGUCGACGGCGAGCCGCACGACCCUCACCUCCUCCGCGCCUGCCUCCUCCCCGCUAGGUGCAACAGCCUCGCUUGAAGCUGAAAACAGGCGGCAGCGAAGUCCCCCUUGCCGCUCGUUCCUGAUACGCUUUUGCCAUGCAUCUGUAUAAUUUGACUCUCCAACCGCCUACGGCCAUCACACAUGCUGCGGCGGGCAACUUCUCGGGCUCAAGACAACAAGAAAUCGUCGUUUCCCGUGGAACGCGUCUGGAGCUCUUGCGUCCGGAUGUCCAAAGCGGGAAGGUCUCGACCGUCAUUGCAACCGACGUAUUCGGGUCCAUUCGUUCGCUCGCGGCUUUCCGUCUGACUGGCGGUACGAAGGACUACAUAAUCCUAGGCUCCGACUCCGGCCGCAUCGUGAUCCUGGACUACGACCCGAAAACAAGUAGCUUCACCAAGGUUCAUCAGGAAACCUAUGGCAAGUCUGGAGCACGGAGGAUCGUUCCGGGCCAGUACUUGGCUACUGACCCAAAGGGACGCAGUGUCAUGAUCUCCGCCGUCGAGAAGGCGAAGCUCGUGUACAUCCUGAACCGUGACGCCGCUGCAAACUUGACCAUCUCCUCGCCGCUCGAAGCUCACAAGAACAACUCUAUCAUCCAUCACAUCGUCGGACUCGACGUUGGCUUCGAUAAUCCGAUGUUCGCUGCAUUGGAGGUCGAUUACUCAGAAUCCGACCAAGACCCCACAGGAGAGGCCUUCAACAAUGCAGAGAAGUUGUUGACGUACUACGAGCUUGACCUUGGUCUCAACCACGUUGUGCGGAAAUGGAGCGAGCCGACGGAUCCAAGAGCGAACCUGCUCGUUCAGGUUCCUGGCGGCCAACUGGCCUCGUCAGACCGCUAUGAUGGGCCCUCUGGUGUGUUGGUGUGCUGCGAAGACCAUAUUAUUUACCGACAUAUGGAUGCGCCCCAGCAUCGUGUGCCCAUACCGCGACGACAACAUCCCCUUUCAGAUCGCAACCGGGGGCUCAUCAUUACCGCGGCUGUCAUGCACAAGAUGAAGGGUGCAUUCUUUUUCCUGCUGCAGAGCGAAGAGGGUGACCUGUACAAAGUCACAAUCGACCACGAGGACCAGGAUGUCAAAGCCGUGAAGAUCAAGUAUUUUGAUACUGUCCCGGUCGCUUCGAGCCUAUGCAUCCUCAAGUCUGGGUUCCUGUUCGUUGCGUCGGAGUUUGGCAACCACUACCUCUACCAGUUCCAGAAGCUCGGCGACGAUGACAACGAACCAGAAUUUUCAUCCGCUUCCUACCCCUCCUACGGCAUGGCCGACCCCUCGUCCGCUCUUCCCCUCGCCUACUUCCGACCUCGCCCUCUCGACAAUCUGAUCAUGGUUGACGAGAUGGAGUCACUCUGCCCCAUUCUCGAUUCGAAAGUCAUGAACCUGCUGCCGAACUCGGACACUCCCCAGAUUUUCGCUGCAUGUGGGCGGGGGGCGCGCAGUACGUUCCGUGUGUUGAGACAUGGUCUCGAGGUGGAGGAGGUCGUCAGCUCGGACUUGCCUGGUAUCCCGAAUGCGGUUUGGACCACGAAAGUGAAAGAAGACGACCCCUACGAUUCAUACAUCAUUCUGUCCUUCGUCAACGGUACUCUCGUGCUCUGCAUAGGGGAGACCAUCGAAGAAGUUCAAGACACCGGCUUCCUGUCCUCCGCACCGACACUCGCAGUCCAACAGAUCGGAUACGAUGCCCUCUUGCAGGUGCACCCUCACGGUAUCCGACAUGUCCUCAGCGACAAGCGCGUGAACGAGUGGCGCGUACCCUCGGGCAAGACUAUCGUCGCUGCGACGACAAAUAAGCGUCAAGUCGUUGUGGCGCUCAGCUCAGCAGAGCUGGUCUACUUCGAGUUGGAUCUGGAUGGGCAGCUCAACGAGUACCAGGACCGCAAGGCCAUGGGCAGCACAGUGCUUGCACUGAGUAUUGCCGAAGUGCCUGAGGGGCGGCAACGAACACCGUACCUAGCUGUAGGUUGCGAAGAUCAAACGGUACGGAUCAUCUCGCUCGACCCGGAGAGCACUCUGGAGACGAUCAGUCUGCAAGCCUUGACCGCGCCUCCUUCCGCUAUCUGCAUCGCCGACAUGCUCGACGCCGGUAUCAACAAGAUGCAACCCACGACUUUCGUUAACAUCGGCCUGCAGAACGGCGUGCUCCUGCGGACGGUCCUCGACCCCAUCAACGGGCAGCUCACGGACACACGGACGCGGUUCCUCGGCACACGCCCGAUCCGCCUUAUACGCGUACUCAUUCAGCGCAACCCCGGCAUCCUCGCGUUGUCGUCGCGGUCGUGGCUGAACUACACGUACCAGAACCUUAUGCACUUCACCCCGCUGAUCUUUGAGAACCUUGAUUACGCAUGGAGCUUCUCUGCGGAGCUGUGUCCGGAGGGUCUUAUCGGCAUUUCGGGGAGCGUGCUUCGGAUCUUCCAAAUUCCGAAGCUCGGCACGAAGCUCAAGCAAGAUGCUAUCCCGCUAUCGUACACUCCUCGUAAAUUCAUUCCGCACCCGACGAACGGGCUGUUCUACUUGAUUGAGGGUGACCACAGGGUGAGGAGUGAUGCGGCCUCAGCUAAGGCGAUGCAGGAACUGCGCGAACAGGGGAAGAUGGUUGACGAUGAGAUGGCCAACUUGCCACCAGAAGUAUUCGGUCGCCCGAAGGCUCCCGCAGGGACAUGGGCGUCAUGUAUCCGCAUUAUUAACCCUGUCGACGCGAAGACCGUCAAUGUUCUCCCCCUCGACGAAAAUGAGUCUGCGUUCUCGAUCGCAGUUGUACCCUUCGCAGCAAAUGGCGGCGAGCUGCAUCUCGUGGUUGGGACUGCCCAAGACACGUUCAUUGCGCCACGAUCGUGCACGACUGGGUGGAUUCGAACAUACCGGUUCACCGAGGACGGCACAAAUCUGGAGCUGUUGCACAAGACAGAUACCAAUGACGUCCCUCUUGCUGUGAUGGCCUUCCAAGGAAGGCUUGUCGCUGGUGUCGGCAAGGCCCUUCGGCUGUACGAUAUGGGCAAAAAGAAGCUCCUCCGGAAGGUGGAGAACAAAAGCUUCGCGUCUGCGAUUGUGUCAUUAAGCACGCAAGGCUCGCGCAUCCUCGUCGGAGAUAUGCAGGAGUCCGUGUUCUACGCCGUGUACAAGCCGCCAGAGAACCGACUGCUCGUGUUCGCGGACGACACGCAGCCGCGGUGGGUCACGUCGAUGGCCAUGGUGGAUUACAACACGGUAGUCGGCGGCGAUCGCUUCGGCAACGUCUUCGUCAACCGGCUGGACCCCAAGGUCUCCGACCAGGUCGACGACGACCCGACAGGCGCAGGCAUCCUGCACGAAAAGGGCCUCCUCGCGGGCGCGCCGCACAAGACGAAGAUGCUCGCGCACUUCCACGUGGGCGACAUCGUGAUGUCGAUCAACAAGGCGUCGCUCGUCGCGGGCGGGCGCGAGGUGCUGCUGUACACGGGCCUGCACGGGACGAUCGGGAUCCUGGUGCCGUUCGUGUCGAAGGAGGACGUGGACUUCAUCUCGACGCUGGAGCAGCACAUGCGCACGGAGCAGCUGAGCCUCGUCGGGCGCGACCACCUCACGUGGCGCGGGUACUACGCGCCCGUGAAGGCGGUCGUGGACGGGGACCUGUGCGAGGCGUUCGCGCGGCUGCCGGCGAGCAAGCAAAGCGCGAUUGCGGGCGAGCUGGACCGGACGGUGGGCGAGGUGCUGAAGAAGCUGGAGCAGCUGAGGGUGACGGCGAGCGGGUUCUGAGCGCGUGUAUGUGGGCGCUGCUUGUGUGUUGUUGAUGGUGUGUACAAAAUGUAUCAUAUUCUCUUGUG